AAAAACUUUUCCUUUGAAAAGAUUUUCCUCAGAGAAAUUCAGGAUGGACCUGUUUUAUAAUUAAGUCGCAUGUAGGCUGUGACAUAUUACAGACUGAAUACACCUUUUACAAUCAGAAGACAGCUGGAGGUACACAAGUCAAUUACCUGCGAUCCCUGAAGUUACCUUUGAACCACAGUCUGACUUUGAGUCUUGUAGGGUAUAUUAUUGUCCGCUUAAGUUUCUUCUGAAACCAGAAACUGUUUUUCUCUCAAGGAACAGUGUUUUUUUCUUGACUAAGAGACACCUGGCAGCUCUGCAACCAUGGGUGAAUGGGACUUCCUCGGUGGCCUGUUUGAAACUCUCCAGGCCCACUCACCAAUGCUUGGACGUUUCUGGCUCUUCUUAAUGUUAGUGUUUCGGAUAGUGAUACUGGGAACUAUUGCCAGCGACUUGUUUGAAGAUGAACAAAAUGAGUUUUCCUGCAACACUCUCCAGCCGGGCUGCAAGCAGGUGUGUUAUGAUAUGGCUUUCCCCAUCUCCCAGUACCGAUUCUGGGUGUUUCAUAUCGUCCUGAUUGCUACGCCAUCCAUGGUUUUCCUCAUGUAUGCCACUCAUCAUCAUAACAAAAAGGCCUCACGCCCUAAGACGGCACGAAAUAAAAUUCAGGACAUAAUCGAAGAUCGCCGCUUGAGGAGGCUGUACAUCGUAAACGUGAUCUUUCGACUCGCUGCUGAGGUGGGCUUCUUGGUGGGCCAGUGGUGGCAGUACGGCUUCAAGGUGGAAGCACAGUUCCCCUGUAGCCGGUUUCCCUGCCCCUACACAGUUGACUGCUUCACCUCCCGCCCUGCAGAGAAGACAAUCUUCCUCCUCUUCUACUUUGCUGUGGGGGUCCUAUCAGCAUUUUGCAGCUUGGCAGAACUUUUCUACAGCUACACCAAGUGGUUCUGCUUCAGCCAGGAACAGCUUGAUCAGGAACUCUGCGCCAGUCAGAACCUGCAGAACCUGGAACAAGAUGAGUCAGACGAGAAGCUAGAGGAAAAGACGUCAGACAGUGGAGGCAGCAGCACAGGAUUAAAGAGAGGAUCAGUGAAAAAAAGCAGCAAAAAGGCCUCCGGCAAGAAAAGCAAGAGAGGAAAAUAUGUGAGCGCCAGGACACUAAUGGUGUGAGUGGCAAUUGUCACAUUCCAACCAUUUCAAGUUAAUAUAGACUGAAAGGCUGGAAUUGGAAGAAAUAUGUUUCUUUUGUGUCAUACUUCAUUAGCUGCUUAGUUUAGAUUUAGCUAAGUUUGAGCUAAUAGGAAAGUAGGAAAGAUUCUUUAUCUUAAAUUCUAUUUGAAAAUGUGCUAUUCAUUGGCAAGAUGUUGGGUUUGUUUAUUGUACAUAUGUCAGAUAAUUUUCUUUUAAAUAUAACUUUAAUUUGACAAAGAAAAAAAAGAAAGUAACAAAAGUAAGUGAUCUGCAGACCCAGAGAGCCACUUGUGCAUCUGCUGAUUUUACAGAUAAAACUGAUCCUAUUUAAGUCAACUUAAUGUAAAAGUGCAUCACUUUAAUUUCAAAUCAUUGUUAAAAUAAAAGUACAAAAUGAAACAGGUGAACAAUCGGUUAGAGAUUUUCAUUCAUCAUUGGAAAUG